GCUCUGCAGGGGAAGCACGCGUCGAUGGUGUUGCGGAACGCUGAUGAAACAGCAAAACAGCUCCGGAAGGUCAGGCCGAAAAGUUCGAGAGCGAAGGCAGCUGCCGUGGAUAAGGCGAAGUAUGCGCAAUCGUGGAAGGACAGUGUCGCGAAGGCCCGGGCUGAAUUAGGGUUGCCAGGCAACGCGAGUUUUGCUAAAGGAACACCCUUGUACAAGAAGGCGAAGGGAUUCCACGACGAAGCGAAGGAGCGCGCACUUGCGUGA